AGGGGUUGAACGCGGCGAGGUUCAGGGGCAGGAGCGGCCGGACUGGGGGCCAAUCCGACCCGGAGGACAGACCGAGGGGGACGGGAAUGCAGUCCUCUCUGGAAGUCCCGGGGGCUGUCUGCGGGGAUGCCCGAGGUCUCUCUCCAUCGACCACACAUAGGACCCUGAUUCGGGAGGCCCAGUGGCAGGGACAAGGAUGGCCAGGCUGUUCGUGGUCACGAGCGCUUCUCUGCUCCUCCUAGGCUGAGGCUGGGCUGGCAGCCAUGGGGCUGGGUGGACCCCAGGCCUGGCUGUUGCGCUUGCCCACAGCCAUUGUCUAUGGCUCCCUGGCCCUCUUCAUCUCUGUUCUGCACAACGUGUUUCUGCUUUACUAUGUGGACACCUUUGUCUCGGUGUACAAGAUCAGCAAAGCUUCCUUCUGGGUCGGAGAGACGGUGUUUCUCCUGUGGAACAGCCUCAACGACCCCCUCUUCGGCUGGCUGAGUGACCGCCAGUUCCUCGGCUCCCAGCCCCGGUCGGGCAGUGGGCUCUCCUCCAGGGCCGUGGUGCUUGCACGGGUGCGGGCACUCGGCCGGCAUGGGCCGCUGCUGGCGCUGUCGUUCCUGGCGUUCUGGGUGCCCUGGGCCCCUGCCGGCCUGCAGUUCCUGUUGUGCCUGUGCCUCUACGACGGCUUCCUGACGCUCGUGGACCUGCACCACCACGCCUUGCUGGCGGACCUGGCCCUCUCAGCCCACGACCGCACCCACCUCAACUUCUACUGCUCCCUCUUCAGUGCGGCCGGCUCCCUCUCUGUCUUCGCCUCCUACGCCUUCUGGAACAAGGAGGACUUCUCUUCCUUCCGUGCCUUCUGCGUGGCGCUGGCCGCUGGCUCUGGGCUAGGCUUUGUGGGCGCCACACGGCUGCUGCAGCGGCGGGUUGAGGCGGCUGGUAGGGAGCCGGGGUGUCCAGACCUGGCUGUGGAUAGCGGCCUGUGUGGAGAGGAGCUGCUUGUGGGCGGCGAGGAGGUGGGCAGCAUCACCUUGGGCCAGUACCUCCGGCAGCUGGCACGUCACCGGAACUUCCUGUGGUUCGUGGGCAUGGACCUGGUGCAGGUCUUCCACUGCCACUUCAACAGCAACUUCUUCCCCCUCUUCCUGGAGCAGCUGCUAUCCGACCGCAUCUCCCUCUCCACCGGCUCCUUCCUCCUGGGCGUCUCCUACGUCGCCCCCCAUCUCAACAACCUCUACUUCCUGCCCCUGUGCCGGCGCUGGGGCGUCUACACCGUGGUGCGGGGGCUCUUCCUGCUCAAGCUGGGCCUGAGCCUGCUCAUGCUUCUGGCCGGCCCCGACCGCCCCGGCCUGCUCUGCCUCUUCAUCGCCAGCAACCGUGUCUUCACCGAGGGCACCUGUAAGCUGCUGACCUUGGUGGUCACCGACCUGGUGGAUGAGGACCUGGUGCUGAACCACCGCAAGCAGGCGGCCUCGGCGCUCCUCUUCGGCAUGGUGGCCCUGGUGACCAAGCCAGGCCAAACCUUCGCCCCGCUGCUGGGCACCUGGCUGCUGUGCUUCUACACAGGUCACGAUCUCUUCCAGCAGCCCUCACUGAUCCCUGUCGGGAGUGCCCAGCCCUGGCCAGAGCCCCCAGCCCCGCCCCCCGCUCAGGCCCCAACGCUCCGCCAGGGCUGCUUCUACCUGCUGGUGCUGGUGCCCAUCACCUGUGCUUUGCUGCAGCUGUUCACCUGGUCCAAGUUCACGCUGCACGGGAGACACCUGCACAUGGUCAAAGCCCAGCGCCAGAACCUGUCACAAGCCCAGACCCUGGACAUUAAGACAGUGUGAGAGGUGCAGCAAGGCCACCCUGAGGAGGACACUUCCCAUAGCUCUGGGCAGGAGCCACUUUUGCCAGCCCGGUGUCCUGCUCCCCUGCCUUCCUUGGUGCAGCUUGGAGGCCAGAUGGCAGAAUGGGCUCCCCUGGGUCUGAGCCAGGGGUGUCACUGGGUCUGAGACCCUGCUUGGCUGCCUGGCCCAGCUUGGGCAAGGGCUGAGCCAAAUUUGCUCAGGGACCUGCUCCCCGCUAUGGGGCAAGAGUAAGAAAAGGACCGAGAAGGGAUGGGAUGCCCUGUGGUCACAUGGGGCUGCCACAGGGCGGCCUAUCCCACUACCUGGCUGGGGCUGGCACUGCCUGUAGGCUCAGGAACCACUUUCGAUACCACACAACUGCCCCCUUCCAUCCGGUCGUGGGAAGCUGACUGCAAACCCCACCAGCCCCGUCCCUCCACCCUUCCAGUGGGUCCUCUGCUUCAGCGGUGCCUGAAGGAGCAUGCCCCCACUGCUGGAGGGCUCCCCUGCCCCACCCGGCCCCUGAAGAGAUUCAGUUCAUCAGACUAUUAAAGUCGUUCU